AUGGAUUCCAAUACGAGAUAUCAAGAUACUCAUACUCUUUUAGAUGGAAAGCCUUUCAUCAUUCGUCAUAAACAACUCAAUCCGAUUCGCAAUUCGAUCUCUUUACAUACUUUCUUAUCAAAAAUCGAUUAUCUUUCGACUUCAUCUGAUUCACCUGCUGUUCCUCCUAAUCGUCAAAACUUAGUAUCAUGUCCAACUACUUCAACUCAAAUGUUAAAAACUCUUUAUAGUUUUGCUUUGGAACCCAAAUGGGCUACUCAUUUCUUUCCUGAAAAUGCUUUUAAUCAAAUUGAUCAACUUCAUUUACCUAAUGGCGAUCCUAUCCCGAUCACUACGCUACCUAAAGUCGGCCCUUCUUUCUCUUUGGUGAAAGCUCAAGGUGAAGAAGCUGUGGAAUAUGGUCAAAAUAGAAGAGGAAAACCUUGUGGUCAUGUCUUUGAAAAAGGUGAAGGAGUUUAUCAUUGCAGUGAUUGUGGUCUCGAUACGACUUGUGCAUUAUGCUCUAAAUGCUUUCAUGCCUCUGAUCACGUUGGUCAUGAUGUGAUUUAUUCAAUUCACACCACCGGUUGUGGAUGUUGCGAUUGCGGUGAUACAGAAGCUUGGAAGACUGAAAUCAACUGUAAAUAUCAUUCAAAUUUAACAUUGGAAGAAAAAGAAGAAGCGCUUAAGAAACUAGAAGAAGACAAAUUAAACGAGGUUCCAGGAUCAAAGAAAACUUAUCUCAAUCCAUUACCAAAGGAAUGUAAAGAUGUUAUCGAACAGAUCGUUACAAUCGCUCUUGAUUUUCUUCUUAUCACUCUGGAUAGAAGUCCCGAAGAUAUGACGCCUCCUAAUUCAGUUGAUAACAUUUACAGUGAAUUAAGUAGAAUUGAAGAAAAUGCUUACCUCGAAAUGCCUCGAAACUCUUUCUCAUCUUCAGACGACUCAAUGGAUAUCGAUACGCAAUACUCUCAUCAUCAUAAUCCUUAUCAUUUACAGAACGCUCCUCCGGCUGAAGAUCCGGGACUUUCAACACCUACCAAUCGGUCUACUGCACUUUGGGAUAAUAAAGGUCAAGAGAAGGGAAAGGGUAAGAGUAUUGAUGCAUCUACCUCAACUGCAACACCUGUGGCCCCUCCUCCUACACCUGCUACUUUUGGGAUCGUUGGAAAAGUUGGCCAAUUUGAAGUCUUGCGUGGGCCUGGUGAGGGAACUGAUGAUGAGUGGUCAAAGUGGCGCAAUCAUGAUGAGCGGCUCCCUGAAGAAAAACCUAAAGGAGCGGGUCCCUGGGGUCUUGUCUUGUGGAACGAUGAGAAACAUAGUUAUGCACAAGUUAUUGAUCAAGUCUCCAGGGCUACUGGUUGUUCUCGGAGAGAAGCUUUGGAAAUAGCGAAUCGAGUGGACAGUAAAGGAAGAGACAUCAUCGAAGUUUCUAGCGAUGCAGAUGACAUUCUACAAGCCGCCAAAAUGAUUGCAAGUAUAGACUUGACGGUCACUGUACGAACCGCGCAUGAUCUGUUUUGUGAACAAAUUGCCGAACUCGUGAUUGCUUUCUUAGUAGACCUGGCUGCCUGCCGUCUUUACAAUGUUCCACCAGAGGAAGAAACUUGGAUCAAGCAAUUAAUAGCUGACAAAAUCUGUGGUAAACCUGAAGUAGGUUAUGAAGGAGGUGAUAAAAGUCGAUUUGCAAGAUUUUUAUUAAAUGAUAUCAAACUUUGGAAAGAUGCUCGAGAUCGAUUAAAAAGUCUUUAUAUCUCACUCUUGGCUUUGGGACAACCUACCAAAUUACAACUCGGUAUUUUGUUCACUUCAGUCUUUCCUCAAUUGAUCGAGUACAACUUGUUGGUCGAUCGUGAACCUGAGCACAACAUUUUACUCUUCAGUCUUCAAAUCGUUACGGUUCCAAGUGUAGUGGUCGUCUUGGUCACCGAUCAUGGAUUCUUGAAGAUGAUCCUCGAUUUACUCUAUUCUUUCUUUACUCAUCAAUUUGCACCUUCAAAUUUGGUACAUGGUGAUUUCAGAUAUAUUAUCUAUCCUCCUGACCUUCGAAAGAAAACGAUCGAUCCUGAAGGGAUGAGUUUUCGACACAAACGAUAUUAUCAUUUAUUUCACGAAUUGAAUUUAAUCUUGAGCUCACCAGGUGUACAAGCGGCCAUCUGUCAUGACACAAAGCAUUUAAUGGAUCUCAUCACCUUUGUAGAUUUAUUUACGAAUAUGAACCCUAACAAACGAGCAGCAAACGUUCAUGUGGAAUUCGAAUCUGAUGCUUGGGUGACUGCAUUUAAUCUAACGAUUCAAUUAGCUAAACUUUGUAAAUUCUUUGGUGAAUGUUAUGCAAAAGCAAGUAAUCAAGAAUUCGUGAAUGCAAUCCGUGUUUUAGUAGGUCAUAUGCUUACAAGACAGUAUAGUUUUCAUGAAGUUCAAUUCGGAUCUGCUUUACUUGGUUCAAGUCUUUCAGUGACUCCACCUUCAUCUGCAGUUACUUAUAAAUGUAUUGAUUUUAGGAUAGAUAAAGAGGCUGUUAGUUUUCAUCAUCCGAUUAAUUGGCUCUUGGCCGAGAUUCUUCGACAUAUUCAUAGAAUCGAUUUUCAAAAUCUUGAUGGUCUUCCGAUUCGUGGCAUCGCAGACCUUUUUGCUGAGGUUGAACCUCCUAAUCAUGAUGGUGUAGAUUUGGGUGCGCUGAUCGUAUCUGAGGAUGUUCUGAGAGUGGCAUCACUCCUAGCUCAAGUUCGUGCAGGACUUUGGGUUCGGAACGGUUUCGGCUUUAGAGCACAAGGACUACAUUAUCGAGAAUAUAGUCUAAGAGAGACCACAUUCGAUCAAGAUAUUUAUCAGCUUCAAGUUUUAUUAUCAGCUAAGGAUCCCAGUCACGUCUUAGUGGCGAUUGUAGAUCGAUUCGGAUUACGACAAUGGUGUAAUGGUGAACUACUUAGUGAUCGGAAUUACGAACCUAGUCAAAUGAUCACCAUGUUAGAAGAACUCUUGCAUCUUCUCAUCAUCAUCCUUUCUGAACCGGCUGGUGUGAGUCAAACUGGUAAGGAAGAUGGCUUAAGACGAGAAAUCAUUCAUAUUCUUUGUUUAUCACCAAUGCCAUAUUCCGAUAUCAUCAAGCGAAUUCCAGAUCGAUAUAUGCCAGAAUCAGGAUUUGAUCAAACUUUAAAAGCUUUAGCAGAUUUUAAACAACCCAGUGGGAUCAAUGAUGUAGGAAUUUAUAGUCUUAAACCAGAAUUUUAUUUAGAGAUUGAUCCAUAUUAUUGUCGAUUUGGUCGAAAUCAAAGAGAAGAAGCUGAAAAGUUAAUGGUUGAACGAUUAAAAAAGAUCAGUAAUGAAGUUGAUCCGGUUAAUUUACCUAUGCCACUUAAAGUCAAUCCGGGACCGUUUACUGGACUACUUCAUACUUAUAAUUCAGAAGUUUUGCUACAAAUUAUCUUUUAUGCUUUGGCAAGGGUGAAUCCGACGAUGAAAGGGUAUUCUGAAUACCUUGCUGAUCAAGCUAUUCAUUUGGUGAUGAAAGCUUUAAUUGAACAACCAGAAUCGUUUGCGAACAUGGCUGUUGAACGUAAACUUCCUUUGAAAGGUGCUAACCCACAUGCUAUGUCCUUGAUGAUGAUGUUAGAAGCGGUAGACGGUGAACCGGCUAUGAAAGGAGUGAAAAGAAAAGUGAAUUGGUGUUUGGAUACGAUGACAAGAUUGACUGGAUUACCUGAUCGAUCUGGACCUAAAUCUGGUAACUCUGAUUCUAAAAGUGGAGGUUUAAGUCAAGAAGAUCAAACAAAUCUAAUUGAAGAUCAAAAGAAAGAAGCAGCCAAAGCGAGACAAGCUGCACUUAUGAAACAAUUUGCAGCAGCUCAACAAGCUUUUGUGAUGCAAAAUGAUUUAGAUGAAGAUUCAGAUGAAGAAAUUGGAAGUGAUGAGAUGAAUGUCAAUCAAAGUGAAAUUGAAGUCGAAAUUGAAAAAGUACAUGGGAAUUGUAUUUUAUGUCAAGAAGAUUUAACCAAGUCUAGAUGCUUUGGAGCUUUAGGAUUAAUUCAAUCAAGUCGAAUGAUUAAGAUUACUCCAUCAGAUUUAACACCAGAAGAAGCAGAACCAUGGUUACAAGAAGUGGUUUUAACACCUGAUAGUCUAGAUCUCGAUGGAAGACAAGGUGGACCAGCAGGUGUAGCUAGUCGACAAUCCGUCAAUCUUUCUGAAACUCGAAUUGGAUCCGAUGGAAAUGUAGAAGCAGUUGAAUGGCAUGCGAUGGGAUUCCCAACACGAAAUAAUACGAAAUUCGGAUUAUUUACAUCGGCUUGUGGUCAUAUGAUGCAUUUAUCAUGUUUUCAAACUUAUUAUACUUCAAUCGAAUUAAGACAUUCAACACAAGUGACCAGAAAUCAUCCCGAGAAUCCAGAAAGAUGUGAAUACCUUUGUCCACUUUGUAAGAGUAUUGGAAAUAUCUUUUUACCUGCAAUUGAUCCGGAUCUUUCAAUGAUUCAAGAACCAGAUGAAGUUAAACUUGAUUUAAUGGAAUGGCUUUCAUCAAUCGAUAGUUUAGAAGAUGAAAUGAUUGAAGAAUUCGGUACAGCAAGUUAUACUUCGGUUUUGAAUAUAACCAAUUGUGAUGAAAUCAUACCUUGGUUUAUUCAUGCUACUUUACCUGAAGAAGCAUCAAGAUUGAGUAGUACUAGAUCAGAAGAAUUUACAAUGCUACAAAGGUUCUUAAUGGUCAGUGGCGCCUUAGGAAGAGAAUGCGGUGAUACUCAAGUAAGACCUAAGAUUCCAAGAGAUUUAGUAGCUUAUACACUUCAAUGUAAUGAAAUCUCAAGUCGAGGUCAACUUAUCAACGGAGGCGUAAUGAAUGCAUUAAAUGAAACACAACAACAAUUGAUUAGAAGUUUAUUGGCUGUGAUGGUUUCGAUACUUGAAAUUGAAACUGGAUGUAGAAGUGCCAAGAAAUUUGCGAUGGGUUUAUUAAUGAGACAACUUAGACCACCUAUGAUUACUGAUAAUAUGUUUACGAGAAGAUCUGAUUUCGGUAAAUUACCUAUCAUCUUUACAGAUCCAUUUUCACUUGUGAUUCAUUGCGCAGCGAUUUGUCCAGAAGCCUUUUCAUUAGUGAUGCCAUUAUGUUAUUAUAUUGAAGUUUUAAGGGUUUUACUUGGUGUUUGUUAUAUGGUUAGAAAGUAUCCGAAUGAUUGGUGGAAGAUUGCAGAAGAUCAAGAGAAUGAAGAUGUACAUGAAACCAAAGAAGAAAGAGAACGAGAAGGAAAAUCAUUGAAAGCGAUCUUGAUGAAAGUAUUGGAAGCUUGUAAGAUUAAAGAUAGAAAAGCUGUUGAGAUUGAUGAUUUGAUUUUCGAGAAGUUGAUUAGAAGAUUUACAUUACCAUUCUUAAGAAGAUCUGCAAUGUUAAAGAGUGUGAUUUUAGUUUCAAAAAAUGAAAAUGAAAAUCAAAUGGGAUCAGAACACACAAGAUUACGACAAGAACUUGGUGUACCUAGUGUUGUUGAAAUAUUAUAUGAAGGUGGAAAAUCACAAGAAGAUCCAAGUUUACGUAAAGCAGAAGGAAUUCAAUCUAUUAUGAUUAGUUGGAUCGAUCAUCUAGAACAAUAUGAAAGUGCUACCUCAAGAAUGAACAAGCAAUUACAAAAUCGAUCCACAACAUCAACCACCACAUCAGAUACAGAAGAAUGGAUAGAUAUCUUUGAAAAUGAAGAUAUGAUCAAAUCAAUCGCAUUAGAACAUUCCCAGAGAAAAUGUGAAAGAUGUGAGAUGAUACCACAAGAUCCUGGGAUCUGUUUACUUUGUGGUACGGUCGUUUGUGUACAAGCUUUUUGUUGUACUAGUAGAAAUUUAUCGGAUGACCCUGAGAAUGGAGAAUGUAAUGUGCAUAUGUGGAACUGUGGUGGUUCGAUUGGACUUUAUCUUUUGAUCAAAAAAUGUUCGGUUUUAUAUUUGUCUACGCAAAAUGGAACGUUUACCAUGGCACCUUAUUUAGAUGAACAUGGAGAACAUGAUAUGGGGAUCAAGAGAGGUAGACCUCAAUUUUUACAUAGAGUCAGAUGGGAUGAAAUUCGAAAGAUUUGGUUAAAUCAAUCGAUUCCUACACAUGUGGCUAGACGUCAAGAAAUCGGAUCUGAUGUGGGUGGUUGGCCUACAUUUUAA